UUUAAGGGGAACGAGCAGUCUGCAUUAUUCAUAUAGACCGUCACUUCCGGUUUUCUUUUAAUGAGACAUCAAACACAGGAAUGGAGAAAAUUAUGAUAAACAUUGUCAUUUUGGUGUUAACGUUGGUGACCCUGUUUGUGAUUUUUCUGGUUUGUUGUCUUCUGUGGUAUUGUUGUCGAAGCAAAAGACUACCAAAAAGGAAAGAUCAGUUGAAAAAUAGAGAAGAUAUCUGUAACCAGUAUGAACAAACAGGUUACGUAAGCAAAACAGAAAAUUCGGGGUACUUGUACAUAGACUCCGUUCAAACCAAUGCAGAGGAUAAAGACGUUAAUAUGGAAAACAUGCUGGUGCCUUUCACAAACAACAAACCAAGAAAUAAGAUUGACCUUGAGCAAAAGAAAAUGUUGGUUACCAAGACAACAGUUACCACGGUGACGAAAGUUGUGGACCUCCCCACCGAUUUUUCUCCGGAAUCUGGGAGUAUACCGGUGGACUACUCAAAAUUCACGUAUUUAGUCCCCGUGAAGAGUGACUCGAAGUCGUUCUAGAAUGAAACCAAGAAAUAUCCUAAGUUCAAUAUUUAUAAGUGUUAUACACGUAUCUGUAUUAGAUUCCUCCAAUGUACAUUUUUAAUUGUUGGUUCUUACAUUGGGUUAUAUAAUGAUUUAUUUAUACAACGUUGUGUAUAGUGAAUUUUUUAUAUAUUCUGAAUUUCAAUAUACUGAAAAUAUAUGAUUGUCAUUCCUAUUGUUGAUAAUACGUUUAAAAUACUGAAAUCCAUUUAAAAUAUUUUCCUUCAAUGGAUAUGAUUAUUCAGUGAAAAGGGUAAAGAAAACGAACAAUGAUCAAUCUUUAAGAAUCUAUAAACAAUACAAAUAAGCAGAGAUAGCAUAAAACACUAACCCCUGGAUAUUCUACAGAAAGGAUCAGAU